CUGCCUCGCCGCGUUCGACGUGUCGUUGCUCGCUCUCGCCGCUCUCUCGCGCGCGUGUGUGUGAGUGUGUGCGCCCGUCUCGUGUCUCGUUUGCGGCCGCGGUCGUGCUUCCCGCGCCGGGCGCACGCAGUGUGCCACGCAGUGCGGCGCAGUGCCGGCGAAUCAGUGUAGUGGUGCAGUGUUACUAGUGGUGCGUCGACUUGUGGUGCGAGCCCUGCGAGCGUCCGCCCAGACUUAGUCGAGCUAUGCCCGCCUGCCUGGGACUUCCACGCGCCCCCCGGCGCCACGAGUCAUGAAAGUUAGCCGCUGCUAGCCACCCUGUUCGGGCAGCCCAGCCCGCGCCCCGACGGGCACCGGCGUCACGGUGAUGGCCCCGGCGAUGCCCCAACGAUGCAUCACCACGAGCAGAUAGUAGGAGCUGUGUCGGAACGUGCAGAACUCGUGGGAUCGUACCGCAGUGUAGAGAUCUCACCAGUCUUCUCGCACCUGCCCCACAAAGACAUGACCCGUGAAUCUCCCGUGGACAGUCCGUUGGUGGCCAGACGCCACGACCUCCACAACAUGAACGAGAGCUUUCACCUCGACCCCGGGCUUCACGCCGAGGACUUCCAGCAGCAGAUUCUCAAGUUGAAGAAGCACCAGCAGCUGCAGCAACAGAUACUUCUUCAGCAUUACCAGCAGCAGCAGCAGUGUCUGGCGGAGCAGCACGAGCAGCAACUCCGCCACCACCUCAAGGUGAAUUUUCAAUGGGAGCAACAGAAACAGCUGGAGGAGCAACGAGAGAGAAGGGAGAAGGAACGGCUGGAGGCUUUGCGGAAAAAGGACAAACAUGAGCAGAGUGCUGUGGCAUCUUCCGGGGUCAAAGAAAAGCUGCAGAUGUUCUUGCUGAAUAAAAAGCAGCGGGAAGCCAUGCCUAAUGGUUCCUCACCGGGUCAUCAACUUUCGCCAUCGACUUCGGCCACUUCACUGGCACAACAAAGCCAACAGUCACCCAGUACGGUUGGGCAACCUUUCAGAAACUGGAGUGUUCUUCAGCCUCCUGCUCCUGGAGAUCCUGGAAGCCUGAGUGCUGGUCCUGGGCACAACGCAGUUCAUCCAUAUCGUCUCAAUCCUCUUGUUGCAAAAUAUGAAGAAGAUUUUCCUCUUCGGAAAACAGCCUCUGAACCUAAUCUUCUCAAGGUUCGCCUGAAACAAAACAUCCAUCGCCGUGCAAACCCUCUGGCCGUAAGGAAAGAUCGUCUUCAAAGAGUCACCAAGAGGAGGUCACAUCUAGCAAUGGAAGUUAGUGGUAGUAACCCUGACUCAGGACCAAAUUCGCCUCCAGGAUCUUGCAAUCGUCAAGCUUCACCAUCUGCAGGUGGCCGAAAUACACCUAUUCAGGAGGAGAGUGAAAAUAUGAGCUAUGGCCAACUUAUCGACAGCAGCGUGCAGGGUAGUAUGAGUGAUCUCUCACUCUACAGCAGUCCGUCCUUGCCAAAUAUUUCCCUUGGACGUCCUCCUGCUCCCUCAAGCACAAGGGACGGAGGAAAACUUGCCCCUGUUUCGGAAGCUGAAGUACGGGCCGCAUUCUCAGCACGACUGGGAAUGCCAUUGACUGGUCAAAUCAUGCCGGGCAAUCUUCCAUUUUAUCCUACACUUCCUGUGCUAGAAGCAGAGUAUUCAAAUCCCACUUCUCCAAGUUACAUUCAAAAACAAAUGCAGAGUCUAGAGCAGGCCCAUGGGCCAGUGACUGUGGGCGCAGGCGCUCCAGUUAUAGCUUCACCCUAUCAUCCUCCUAUCACUGAUUCACAGGUUGCCCAUGCACGUCUUAAUAAGCGUCCUCUAGGACGUACACAAUCAGCCCCUCUGCCACUUGGUCACCCUAUGCUGACUGGUAGCGGACUUACAGUAGUGCAGCAGCAUCCAAAUUAUGAUGAGUACCUGCUGCAAGAAAAGCAGCAUUCCUUACAACACAGUCUUCUAAAACAGCAAAUUCGUCAAACUGUGCUGACUCGUGCUAACAGCCGAGGACUUUCAACCAGCAGUAGUGGAGGGCAGUUGGAUGAGACUGAUGAGAAUGCUGAAGUGAUUGAUCUGACAGAACGAAGAAAUGAAGACCAUGAAAUGUCAAAACAACAAAGAGAAUUUCUUCAGCAACAGCGGGACCUGAGGAUGAGACACCACACUCUCAACAUCAGUGAAGGUUCGGCAUUUACUCCUCGUUCUCAUGUAGCUCGUCCAUUGUCUCGGGCUCUUUCAAGCCCAUUGGUGGCUUUGGGAACUACGGAUGGUUCUGGAAGCAUUUCACUUGGGGUGUCUAGUGCAGGCACUACACCCAAAGUUUCAAGUGGUGUGCACCGGCUGACAACUGGUCUAGCAUUCGAUAACACAAUGCUGAAGCACGCUUGUACCUGUGGGGAUAACUCUUCGCAUCCUGAACAUAGUGGUAGACUUCAGAGUGUGUGGGCUCGCUUGUUGGAAACUGGUUUAGUUCAGCGCUGUGAUAGGGUGAGGGCCAGGAAAGCCUCACUUGAGGAGCUCAAAGUUUGUCAUAGUGAAGCUCAUGCCCUGCUCUUUGGUACAAAUCCUUUGAAUCGUCAGAAGCUUGACAUGACCAAACUGGCUCAGCUACCGAUCAAGAGUUUUGUUCGUUUGCCUUGUGGUGGUGUGGGAGUUGACUCUGACACCACCUGGAAUGAGCUUCAUACAGCACCUGCUGCACGCAUGGCUGCUGGUUGUGUUAUUGACCUUGCUUAUAAGACUGCAACUGGAGAUAUUAAAAAUGGCUUUGCUGUCGUGCGACCUCCCGGCCAUCAUGCAGAACCAUCCCAAGCAAUGGGCUUCUGUUUCUUUAAUUCAGUAGCCAUUGCUGCGAAAUUAGUACAGCAAAAUCUAAAUUAUCACCGUAUUCUCAUCGUAGACUGGGAUGUUCACCAUGGCAAUGGAACUCAACAAAUGUUCUAUGAUGAUCCCCGGGUGCUGUACCUUUCAAUCCAUCGUCAUGAUGAUGGUAAUUUUUUCCCAGGAACUGGUGGCCCUACAGAGUGUGGUGAAGGUAAAGGGCAGGGCUUCAAUGUUAAUGUCGCUUGGUCUGGUGGAGUUAAUCCCCCAAUGGGAGAUGCAGAGUACCUGGCAGCAUUCCGCACCAUUGUGAUGCCAAUUGCAAAGGAGUACGGUCCUGAAUUAAUCCUUGUGUCAGCUGGCUUUGAUGCAGCGAUUGGCCAUCCCCCGCCUCUGGGGGGCUACAAAGUGUCUCCUGCAUGUUUUGGGUACAUGACACACCAAUUGCUUCCUCUUGCAGAUGGCAAGGUUGUCCUGUCUCUUGAGGGUGGUUAUGAUCUACCAGCUAUAUGUGACUCUGCUCAAGAAUGUGUAAGAGCUUUGUUAGGAGAUGACACGUCCCCUUUGAGAGAAGAGGAACUGCGGCGAGUGCCUUGCCAAAACGCAAUUGAUACUUUACAAAAGACCAUCGCUAUCCAACAACAGCAUUGGCCGUGCCUUAAGCGCUUAGCUCAUACUGUUUCGUGUUCUGCAUUGGAGGCGUCUCAGAAAGAAAGGGAUGAAACCGAAACGGUCACUGCUAUGGCCAGUUUGUCCAUGCAACAUCCAACCAACAGCAUGCAAUCACCUGAGCAUUCCCGUGAGACAUCAGAGGAACCAAUGGAACAAGAUGAAGUGAAAUAAACUUCUUUUCCUAGUUUUCAUGUUAAGAUGUACCAUUAUGAAGAAGUUUUUCCACUGCGAUUACUUUCUUUGAGAUUCCAAAAGCCGCCAUGUAUAUUAUGACAAAUAUUCUUUGGGAUAGAUUAGAUUAUAGUACUCCAGAUCAUUCCCAUGAAGAGGAAGUGUAUGAAAGAAAUGGUUCAAGAACUGUCUGGGUGUUUAGGGGGAACUUGCUUUCCACCUUGUAGAUUGAUCCAGGAUCUCUUAGAAUUCUCUCUUCAGUUUGCAUGUUGUGAAUUGUGAAAGGUGUUCAAUAUUGGGAUAGAAACUAGUAGCUACAUUUGCUUUUGUUGCUCAAAAGUAGAGAAAGGAGUUUGAUGUUACUUAAAGUGAUUCUGUCAUUAAAUGCUACAACAGAAAGUAGUACAUAAUUUCUUAAACAAAAACAAAAUAUGUUUCAACAUGUGUAUGACUCAGAAAUAGAUUUGAUGCAUGCAUAUGUAACCAAGUUUCAGUGUAAAGGCUUUCUUUUGAAGAAGAUGACUCCAAUAUCAUUUUCCCUACAGAUUAUCUUAGGAGGUAUGUUCCUUGUACUCACUUCUAUUCCAUUUUGUGUAUGCUUCUUUUUAGCAUCUAGAAAAUUUGAUAAUAGUUGUACAUAAAAGCCAUGAAUGCACCUAGCUUCAUCAUGUCUUACACUCUCCUUAUUCUAUUCAUCUUUCUAUUGAAUUGUAACUAUACACAAAAUCACGUUUUGUAUACUGUUUGCCUUUCAAUUAGCACAUGUUUCUGCUGUUUCCGUGUUAUAACUAAAUUUAUUAUUCAUCUUUUAUUUGGCUCUGUUUUCAAAUUUUGCCUCUUGCACAUCUGUAGGCAAAUUUCCUUCUGAAAGCCUUUUAUGGAGUUUAAUGUGAUUUUUGGCUAUUGUGGUUUGUUGAUUUCUGCGGUCAUAAUAUACAUUUGCUCAAAGCUGUCAUUAUAUUUUGAGUUAUAGCCUUCGUAAUACCAAACUUCUUUCUUCAUUGUUACUGUGUUAUAUUGAUCAACUGUCAAAGUAUCAUUCCCUUUUAUUUUAUACAUUAAACCCAGAGGUAGACACUUAGCAAGGCAAAGAAAGUCCAUCAUGCUUGAAUUCCAACCUAAGGCAAAUGAUGAGUUCAUGUCUUUAUAGUUAGGUAUCCUGCUGGACCAAUCUCAUGCAAGUGCACUGGGUAUUUUUAUUUCGUUUAUUUGUAAAUAUGCAUAAGAUUCUUUUUUUUUUUUUUUUAAGGAAAGGUUUGUGUUCCAAUUAUUGAUGUAUAUUGUGUACUUUGAAAUGUGCCUAUUGUUAGUGUAUGUAUUCACAAAUUCUAAAAGACAUGUUAUAUCAUAACAGAAAGUAGUAUUGUUUGAAAAAUUAUAUAUGUUACAUUUUAGUACUUUAUGUAGUGUGUAUUUUGAAGUGCUGGUCACUCUUGUACUACUUAUGAAUAGAUCAGCUAUAUAUAACGAACUAACAGUAGCAGUUUAUUAUUGUUUAUGUUCUUUAUUUCUGUUGUCUUGUAUUUGUUAUCUUAGUGUCAUAAUGUCUAUUUCAGAAUCAUCAAUAUCACCAUUUCACUCUUUUUUCCUAUUUCAGAAACUCUUCACUUGUUCUAUAAUUAUCUCAUAGUCUCAUAGACAGAUUUAUUCAUACACAUUCACAUUAUCCCUUUCCCUUCUUCCUUCAUGUUUGCCUGUCUAUCAGUCUCAAUAUCUCUCUCAUCAUCACAUACACACACAUGCACACAAGCGCACUCACCAACUCUAUGUAUGUGCCUCUCCGUUCGACUCAUUCUCCUGCAAUUAUAAUUACUGAGCAAACAUUCUCAGGACUUAUGCAGGUGUUAAUCUCAUCAUUAUGUCUUUAUCCUGUCACUUUCCAAAGUGUGUGUAUAAAAUGAACUUUCCUAAUCUUAAGAAUAUGUGUCUAGAAGGAAAUAUAUGUGCAAUUUUUGUGAUAUGCAUGCAAGUUUUAUGAAUGAAGUGAAUGUAAGUAAAGAGGCAUUUAUUUUUAUGUGAAGCAUUUCAUAUAUUUGUUGCAAUUUUGAGUUGUAACCAGAAAAAGUAAAGUAGAAAUAUUUUUAAUGA